AUGGCUAGGGAGAUGAUCCGAGGCGGCUAUGAAAUAGGAAGAGGUUUUGGGCGAGAAUUGCAAGGAAUUUUGGAGCCGAUAGAGAUCCCAACGCAAAAGGAUACAUUUGGACUGGGAUUUCAUCCAACUGCUAAGGAUAGAAAGGAAAUGCAAGCUCGAAAGCAAGCUGAAAAGAAGGAAACGAAGAAUCCUGUGGAGGAGAUUGAAGUGGACUUGUCUCAGCUAUUUGUCGGGGCUACUUGUGAGGAGGGGCCAUCAGAGAAUGCAGAAUUUUUGCCAAUUACCGAAGAAGCUAUUCAGAAUUGGACUGCUGAUUACCUUCCCUCUCGAAGGGAAUUUCGAGAUCUGAAUAAGGCCAGUCCGAAAGACGAUUUUUCUUUGCCAAACAUUCAUAUUCUUUUGGACAAUACUGCUGGACACGAAAUUGAAUCUUUUGGUGAUUGUUUUGCUGGGUAUCAUCAAAUCUUAAUGGCCGAAGAAGACAAAGAGAAAACGUCUUUUAUCACCCCAUGGGGAACCUUUUGUUAUAGAGUGAUGCCUUUCGGGUUGAAGAAUACUGGAGCCACUUAUCAGAGGACAAUGACUACUCUGUUCCAUGACAUGAUUCACAAAGAGAUGGAGGUCUAUGUGGAUGAUACCAUAAUUAAAUCCAAGAAGGUCGAGAACCAUUUGGUUGAUUUAAAGAAGCUAUUUGAAAGAUUGAGGAAGUAUAAUUUGAAGUUGAACCCUGCGAAAUGUGCUUUUGGUGCUCCGACUGGUAAGUUAAUGGGUUUUAUUAUCAGCAAAAACGGUAUAGAGAUAGAUCCUCAUGAUGAGUCUGGGAGAAAGGAGCAAGCCAUCUACUAUCUGAGCAAGAAAUUUACGGCAUAUGAAGCCAACUAUUCUUUCCUUGAGAGAAGUUGUUGUGCUUUAGCAUGGGCAGCUCAGAAGUUGAGACAUUAUUUGCUCGGUUAUACCACUUACUUGAUUUCCCGUUCUGAUCCUCUAAAAUACCUAUUGGAAAAGUCGAUGCCCACGGAACGCAUGGCUAAGUGGCAAAUGAUCCUUUCCGAGUUCGAUAUUGUCUUCACAACACAAAAGGCAGUCAAGGGUCAAGCUAUAGCAGAUCAUUUGGUAGAAAAUCCAAGAGAUGAUGAUUACCAGCCAUUGCAUACCUACUUUCCUGAUGAAGAAAUUCUGUUCAUUGGAGCAGUUGAGGACAUGAGUGAGCAGUAUCCUGGAUGGAGGUUAUUUUUCGACGGUGCGUCAAAUUCUUUCGGAGCCGGAAUUGGAGCAGUUUUAGUGUCGCCUGAAGGGAAGCACUAUCCCGCUACGGCCAAAUUACGGUUUCCUUGUACCAACAACAUGGCCGAGUAUGAAGCUUGCAUUUUUGGAUUGAAAAUGGCAUUGGACAUGGAUAUCAAAGACCUGAUAGCAUUUAGUGAUUCCGAUUUACUUGUGCACCAGACGCUUAAACAGAAUUUGGAACUCAGACAUAUUCCCCGCACUCGUAAUGCCUUUGCUGAUGCUUUAGCUACUUUGUCUUCGAUGAUCCAACAUCCAGAUGAGCUGGUGAUUGAACCUAUACAGAUCCAACUUCAGAAUAGGCCAGCGCACUGUCUGGUUAUGGAAAGGGUCAUUGAUGGUCGCUCCUGGUACAAUGAUAUUAAGGAAUUCAUGAAAACGGGAUCCUGCCCUCCUGACGCUGAUUCUGUUGCAAAAAGUUUCUUACGCAGGAUGUCAGCAAGAUUUUUCUUGAAUGGAGAAGUGCUAUACAAGAAAACAUCUGAUUUGGGCCUUCUGAGAUGCAUCAAUGAAGAGGAAGCCGAUUAUAUGAUGAAAGAAGUGCAUAGUGGGGUUUGCGGACCACACAUGAAUGGGCAUCUACUGACUAAGAAGAUCAUGAGAACAGGAUAUUUUUAG